GGGUCCAGCAGGGAGGCAACAUGGAAACUGCAGGGAGAGUUAUCCGGUGCAAAGCAGCAGUAGCAUGGAAGGCUGGGGAACCUCUUGUGAUGGAGGAAGUGGAAGUAGCGCCCCCUAAAGGUGGAGAAGUUCGUCUCAAGAUUGUGGCGACAGGGAUCUGUCACACAGACUCCUACACACUAAGCGGCUCUGAUCCUGAGGGGGUGUUUCCUGUCGUACUGGGCCAUGAGGGAGCCGGCAUAGUGGAGAGUGUUGGAGAAGGAGUCACCAAGUUUCAACCAGGAGACACUGUUAUACCCUUGUAUGUACCACAGUGUGGGGAGUGUAAGUUCUGUAAAAACCCCAAAACCAACCUCUGUCAAAAGAUCAGGCUCACUCAGGGCAGAGGUUUGAUGCCAGAUGGGACAAGUCGUUUCUCCUGCAAAGGCAAGAGCCUCUUCCACUUCAUGGGCUGCAGCACAUUCUCUGAGUACACCGUGGUGGCUGAGAUCUCCUUGGCCAAAGUGGACAAUAGAGCGCCUUUAGACAAGGUGUGUCUUCUGGGCUGUGGCAUCACCACUGGAUAUGGAGCUGCAUUAAACACAGCCAAGGUGGAGGCAGGAUCAACCUGUGCUGUGUUUGGCCUGGGGGCACUGGGUCUCGCUGCAAUCAUGGGCUGCAAAACAGCCGGGGCGGCCAGGAUUAUUGGAAUCGAUCUCAACCCUGACAAGUUUAAAACUGCCCGAGAGUUUGGUGCCACAGACGUGGUGAACCCAAAGGAUCACAGCAAGCCAAUCCAAGAGGUCCUGGUGGAGAUGACUGAUGGAGGCGUGGACUACUCCUUUGAAUGUGUGGGCAAUGUUGCAAUCAUGAGGGCAGCCCUGGAAGCCUGCCAUAAAGGUUGGGGCACCAGCGUCAUUAUUGGGGUGGCAGCGGCAGGACAAGAGAUCUCCACCCGACCCUUUCAGCUGGUGACUGGCCGCACCUGGAAGGGCACUGCUUUUGGAGGGUACAAGAGUGUAGAAAGUGUUCCCAGGCUGGUGGAGGAGUACUUAAAUAACAAACUCAAAGUUGAUGAGUUUGUGACUCACACUCUGCCCUUUGAGAGAAUCACAGAGGGUUUUGAUCUGAUGCAUGCUGGGAAAUGCAUCCGAGUCGUCCUUCAGCUCUAGGUGCAGAGAAGCACAUGAAAACCAUGAUCUCACUCCAUGUUUACCCUGCUCACUUGAAUAAACAGUUUUGAAGUCAC